AUGAUCGAGGCACUCAAGUCAAACGAACAACUUCUCUUCGACCCAUACUGCAAACCUAAGCGGCGAGUGUUCCGGGGCAAGGGGGACACCAUAGCAAUUAAACUUGCUAAUGACAUACACAUUCUAAUCGGUGUGAUGGAGGUUGAAAACUAUUCAACCAUUAAGGGCAUGAUGGGCUGUUCUACCAGAUCCAUGUCGGUAUCCAACGUCACACAGAUGUCGACUCCAAAGUCCAUACCUGAAUCAAAUAUAAGUACUGUGUUACACUGCAAGUGUGCCCUGGAACUUAAAAGACUCAUAUACACCAUCAUGUUUGAUGCCAAUUGUCUCAUUAGAGACAUUGUACCGCGAUGGUCUGGUGCUGUCAAUGAUGCCAAAAUCCUAAGCCAAAGUGGCCCACAUCAAAUCAUUGAGCAAAACCUUGUGCAUGACCAGCCUCAAUAUCUCAUUGGAGAUUCAGGUUAUCCUUGCAAGAGACUGCUUUUGACUCCAUUCAUGAAUCCGGCUGAUGAGCACCAGCUGAUUUAUAACCGGUUAGAUAAAAUGCAUUUGUAA